AUGCCUUUACCUCCCACCUGUUUCUUCCUUCUCGUUUUCUUUGUCUUCCCUUCUCAUUCUUUUCCGCUUUCCACAUCAUCCCGGUGGAUCGUCGACCAAAACUCCGGCGACCGCCGGAAACUGGCGUGCGUAAACUGGCCGGGACACCUCCACGUUAUGAUCCCGGAGGGUCUAAACAAGAAGCCGAUGAAGGCAAUCGUAUCGGACAUUUCUGGCGAGAUGGGGUUUAACUGUGUGCGAUUAACGUGGGCGACUUAUAUGUAUACUCGAUACUCGAACGUUACGGUUUCGGAGUCGUUGGAUCGGUGGAAUUUGACCGUUGUUAAAGAUGGUGUCGCGAAAAACAACCCGGAGGUGUUGGAAAUGAGCGUGGUAGAAGCUCAGAAUGCCGUCGUUAAUGAACUGGGAAAAGGGAAUUUGAUGGUUAUGCUCGAUAAUCACGUAAGUUUGCCACAAUGGUGUUGUGGUGAAAACGACGGGAAUGGGUUUUUCGGGGACGAGAAUUUCGAUCCUGAUGAAUGGGUUCAAGGGUUGGUCGCCGUUGCUGGUCGGUAUAAAAACAAUCCUUCGGUAGUGGCUAUGAGCAUGCGAAACGAGUUGCGGGGCCGACGUCAAAACGUGACCGCCUGGUAUAAGUACAUGCAACAGGGCGCGGUUGCAAUUCAUCACGAGAACCCUGACAUUCUCGUGAUUUUCUCGGGUUUGUCAUACGAUACAAAUCUCGGGUUCUUGAAAAGUCAACCCCUAACAAUUGACUUGGAUAACAAGAUAGUCUUUGAGGCACAUUGGUACCCGUUCGGCCAACCGCCUGAAAAAUGGAUUUUCCAAACGAACGAGUAUUGUGCCAACAUGACGAAAUUGUUCAUGGACAAUUCUGGGUUUUUGUUUCGAACGGAUGAAAACCCAGUUCCUCUUUUUCUGAGUGAAUUCGGGUUAGAUCAGAGGGGUGGAAAUGAGAUGGAGAAUCGUUAUUUCGUUUGCGUGCUGGCGACAAUAGCUGAGAACGACAUUGAUUGGGCGUUGUGGCAAUUGCCGGGAAGUUUCAUGCUUCGAGAAGGGAUUGUCGAUCACGAAGAUGUGUUUGGAAUGUAUGAUUCCAAAUGGGAAAACCUUAGAAAUUCUACUACGUUAGAGCGGUUACACUUUGUUCAGACAAACAUACAAGGUUCAAUUGCAUCAAGCGACUCGACAUCUUACGUCUUGUAUCACCCUCUAAGCGGUCAGUGUGUCGAAGCAAGUGAUGAUGUUCUUUCCAUGACAAACUGUCGACACGCCAGCCGAUGGGAUCACACACAAGAUGGUGGCCCAAUCAAAUUAACAAAAACAGACUGUUGCUUAACAACCAUCAGCCAGGGCUUGCCACCGGUCGUUUCCGACCACGACGACUGCUCGAGUCCUCAGAGUUCGUGGAACUUCGUGUCGGUCACAAACCAUCAUUUGGCUUCAAAAGACAACCAAGGGAACCAUUUGUGCUUAGAAGUUGACCCUUUGACCUCAAGAAUUGUCACCAACAAGUGUUUGUGUUUAGAUGAUAAUUUGAGGGAUGUUUCAAGAUGUGAAGAGAACCCACAAAGCCAAUGGUUGAAGCUUAUUCCAAUUACAAAACAAAUAUAA